UCGCAGCCGAUCGUCGUUUGCACGCCUAUGCGGUUUAAAUACGGUCGUCCGAGGCUCAGUGGCCGUACACGGAAGAUGAAUCGGUUACAAGCAACUACUGUGCUGCUAGUGGCAUCGGUGACGGCAGUGGCGACGACCGAUGGACUUGGUCAGACGCCGCCGCCGCCUACGGAUUGGUUCCGUGGCUGCGGUGCGGCCGACUGGCCGCAGUGCGUGGCCCAAAACGUGGCCAGGACGUUUAGGCUGUUGGAACAAUCGGACCAAUUGCAGAUAGCCGACGGCGUACGUCUGGUCAAGACGGCCACGACCACCGACAGAUCUACCAAGUACGGGAAUCAUACUUUUGACCUAAUCAACAGAGUGGUUUCAUUCGUCGAUAGCCAUUCAUUGCAAAUUGAUCUAUGGACACCAGACAACAACGUCACCACCGAAGGGCGCAGACGUCACGCUUACCGGAGGGUGUUCCCGAUCAUCGUGGGCACGUACAUGAUCAUGUCGGCCGUCCUCAUACCGAUGGGCUUCAUGUUCAUGUCCACGCUGGGUGGCAAAGCGCUGUUGGUCAGCAAAAUGGCGCUAAUGGUGUCACUGAUGAGCAACAUCAAAAAGAUGUUCUCGUACGAGUACUACGUGCCGCCGGCACCGGCGGCCGGUCACCAGCACUGGAAGCGAACGCUGCUGGCGCACCGCACCACCGCCGGUCCGCUAUACUCGUCGUACACCGCCUACUGAAAACGCAGUAAUACCACAACACGCGCAAUCAGAUUUCGCGCCGGCCCUUAGCAGAAUAUAUAAGCCCGUCCGAAACUCGACCCUCUGAGUGAACUUAAUUUUAUGAUCGUCUACAUUACCUAUAUUAUUAUAAUAAACGAAACGAGUGUGUGUGACGAUUCACGAUAAUUUAUAUAUACCUAUAUUAUUUUUAUUUAUUUAUAUAUUAUUUAGCUGUAGAUAGCAUACGUCAACUAAUGUACGUGAUAUUUAUUUAAUUUAUUGUCAAUAUAUAUCAUUAUGUAAUGAA